AUGGCGGCCGCCAGGGUCCCGGCAGACGCAGCUCUGCGCGAAGCAACUCUGCGGAAGUUGGAGGUGUUUUCCGCGCUGAGAGGCAAGCCUGUGGCACCUGGAGAAUUCUGGGACGUUGUUGCAAUAACAGCCGCUGAUGAACAACAGAAAUUUGCUUAUGAGCAGCAGCUAUCAGGAAAGCUGAAAAGGAGAGAGUUACCCCUUGGAGUUCAAUAUCAUGUUUUUGUUGAUCCCACUGGAGCCAAAAUCGGAAAUGGAGGCUCAACACUUUGUGCUCUUCAGUGUUUGGAAAAGCUAUAUGGCGAUAAAUGGGAUUCCUUUACCAUCUUGUUAAUUCACUCUGGUGGCUACAGCCAACGCCUUCCUAAUGCAAGUGCUCUGGGAAAGAUUUUCACCGCUUUACCUCUUGGUAACCCCAUUUAUCAUAUGUUAGAAUUAAAACUAGCCAUGUACAUCGAUUUUCCCUCACAUAUGAACCCAGGAAUUCUGGUUACCUGUGCAGAUGACAUUGAACUUUAUAGUCUUGGAGAAUCUGAGUUUAUAAGAUUUGACAAGCCUGGAUUUACUGCCUUAGCUCAUCCGUCUAGUUUGAUGGUAGGUACAACCCAUGGAGUAUUUGUCUUAGAACCUUGUAAUCAUUCAGAACAUAGAGACCUUGAGUACAGGUGUUGCUAUCGUUUCCUUCAUAAGCCCAGUAUAGAAAAGAUGCACCAAUGUAAUGCUGUGUUUAGAGCCAGACGAUUUCCCAAGCAGGACUUUGCUGAAGAUAACACUCCUUUUAAAUUAGACACUGAAUAUGUCUACACAGACAGCUUAUUUUAUAUGGAUCAUAAAUCUAUGAAAAAGUUACUUUUAUUUUAUGAAAAAAUAGGUACAUUAAACUGUGAAAUAGAUGCAUAUGGAGACUUUCUGCAGGCUUUGGGACCUGGAGCAACCAUGGAGUACACCAGAAACACAUCAAAUGCCACUAAAGAAGAGCCAGACUUGAUAGAGAUGAGGCAGAGCAUAUUUCAUCUUCUUAAGGGAACAUCAUUGAAUGUUGUUGUUCUUAAUAACUCCAAAUUUUAUCACAUUGGAACAACUGAAGAGUACUUGUUUCAUUUGACAUCAGAUAGCAAUUUGAAGUCAGAGCUGGGCUUACAGUUCAUAGCCUCUAGCAUCUUUCCAGCAGUAUCAGAGUUCUUUGGAAAAAAACCCUGUAUCAUUCAAAGUAUACUGGAGUCGGGAUGUUCAGUGGCACCUGGCUCAGUUGUGGAGUAUUCCAGAUUGGAACCUGAUGUUUCAGUUGGAGAAAACUGCAUUAUUAGUGGUUCUUACAUCACCACAAAAACUGCCGUGCCUGCAUAUUCUUUUAUGUGCUCUUUAAGUUUAAAGAUAAAUAGACAGUUGAGUUAUUCAACUAUGGUAUUUGGAGUGCGAGACAACUUGAAGAAGACUGUCAAAACACUGUCAGAUACGCAGGUCCUUCAUUUCUUUGGAGUCUCUUUCCUGUCCUGCUUAGAUCUUUGGAAUCUUAGCGCUACCAAGGAACUGUUCUCUGGAAACGGGAUGUGUUUGGGUCUAUGGACUGCUCGCAUUUUCCCAGUCUGUUGUUCUUUGAGCGAUUCAGUCACAACAUCCUUAAAGAUGUUAAGUGCUAUAAAAAACAAGUCUUUAUUCAACCUGAGGAGUUAUGAGCUGUUGUCUGUUGAAGAAAUGCUUGGCUGUAAAGAUGUAGAAGACAUGAUAGCUUAUAGAGAACAAAUUUUUCUAGACAUUAAUUUAAAGGAAAAGUCUGAUUUCAGUUCUGAGGAAGCUUUCAGUAAAGUCAAUUUGAAUUACUGCGCAGAAAAUGGCCCGUCUCUACUUCAUUUAUGCUGCGUUUGUGGAGGUACUUGAAACCUGCUUCUUUUUAAACUGUCACAUAGUCGAACCCUUAUGUUAAAAGGACUCCGCCCAUCUCGGCUGACAAGAAAUGGCUUCACAGCUUUGUAUUUGGCAGUUUACAAGGCUGCUGAUGUGCUGCUGCAACAUGGAGCUAACGUCAAUGGUCAAGAUGCCGUUUUAACCCCACUGCACAUUGCAGCGUACUAUGGCCACAAACAGGAAAGUCAGACAGAUGGAUUCUUGAAGGUCCCACGCCUCCUUUUGAAGUUUGGUGCUGAUGUAAAUGUAAGUGGUGAAGUUGGAGAUCAGCCCCUCCACCUGGCAUCUGCUAAAGGCAUCUUUAACAUCACAAAACUCUUGAUGGAAGAAAGCAGCAAAGCAGAUGUGAGUGCUCAGGACAAUGAAGACCAUGUCCCACUUCAUUUCUGCUCUCGCUUUGGUCACCAUGACUUAGUGAAGUACCUGCUCCAAAGUGACUCCGAAGUACAGCCCCAUGCUGUUAACAUCUAUGGAGACACACCUUUGCACCUGGUAUGCUACAAUGGCAAAUGCAAAGUUGCCAAAGAAAUCAUCCAAACAGCAGGAAGAGAAAGUAUGACUAAGGAAAACAUCUUCAGUGAAACAGCUUUUCACAGUCAAGGUGGCCACGUAGACACCUACGAGCACAUUCGCUCCUUUCUAGGGAUACCUGACAGCCUUGAACAGUCUGCGUACAAAAGGUACGCUCAAGGAGAAGAACGGACUGAAGCAUCAGAAGAGAAUAGGAAUGACAGCAGUACAGCUACGCCCAAAAGAAUUGAUUGCCAUCCAGCCAUUUCAAGAGGUAGCAUAGGGUCAAGACGUCUACAUUCUGCUUGUUACCACGGUCACAUCCUGAUUCAGGUCUUACUGGAUAAUGGAGCUGAUAUGAAUCUGGUAGCUAGUGAUCCCAGCAGGUCUAGUGGUGAAAAAGAUGAGCAGACCUGUUAGAUGUGGGCUUACGAAAAAGGACAUGAUGCAAUUGUCACCCUCCUGAAACUUAAGAGACCGCAGGAUGAAUUGCCCUGUAAUGAGUAUUCUCAGCCAGGAGGAGAUGGCUCCUAUGUAUCUGUCCCAGCUUCCUUAGGAAAGAUUAAAAGUAUGACAAAAGAGAAAGCAGACGGUCUCUUUCUCAGGGCUGGGCUGCCCGCACAUGUCCAUCUUCAGCUCUCAGAAAUUGAGUUCCAUGAGAUUAUUGGCUCAGGUUCCUUUGGAAAAGUAUACAAAGGACAGUGCAGACAUAAAAUCGUGGCUAUAAAAUGUUGUCGCGCCAACACCUACUGCUCCAAGUCAGAUGUGGACACGUUUUGCCAGGAGGUGUCGAUUCUCUGCCGACUCAGUCAUCCCUGUGUAAUUCUUGUGGGUGCUUGCUUGAAUGACCCCAGUCAGUUUGCCAUUGUCACUCAGUACAUCUCAGGAGGUUCUCUCUUCUCCCUUCUACACGAGCAGAAGAGGUUUCUUUACUUUCAGUCUAAAUUAAUUAUUGCAGUCGAUGUUGCCAAAGGUAUGGAGUACCUUCACAACCUGACACAGCCAAUUAUACACCGGGACCUGAACAGCCACAAUGUUCUUCUCGACGACGGCCAUGCGGCGGUGGCAGACUUUGGAGAAUCGAGAUUUCUGCAGUCUCGGGAUGAAGACAACCUGACAAAACCACCUGGGAACUUCCGGUGGAUGGCUCCUGAGGUGUUCACUCAGGGCACUCGCUACACCAUCAAAGCUGACGUCUUCAGCUACGCUCUGUGUCUCUGGGAGCUUCUCACUGGCAAAAUGCCAUUUGCUCAUCUCAAGCCAGCUGCUGCCGCUGCAGACAUGGCUUAUCACCACAUUAGACCUCCCAUUGGCUACUCUAUCCCCAAGCCCAUCUCAUCGCUGCUGAUGCGAGGAAGGAAUGCAUGCCCUGCAGGAAGACCUGACGUUUCUGCAGUGGUGCUGAGGCUAGAGGAGUGUCUCCGCAGCACGGAGCUAAUGUCUCCAGUAUCCAGUAACAGCAGUGGGUCUCUCUCACGCGCUUCUUCCUCGGAUUGUCUGGUGAGCCGGGGAGGCCCUGGCAGGAGCCACGUAGCAGCUUUAACGAGUUGCUUUGAAUUGGAAUAUGCUCUUAAUGCGAGGUCCUAUGCUGCUUGGUCCCAAAGCUGA